AUGGAUAUAGAAAGUGACCUCAUAUCUUCGAAUACGAAGGCAAAAGUUGGCCUGCUUUCUCAUACUUUGGUACCAAGUCCAAUUAUCCAGUGGAUCUUACCUGCCCGGCUUCGAGGGAAACAUCAAAAUGACGUUGUAUUCGUCGGUGAACGAAGCUUGCAGAUUAAAGAAGCUGUUUCUGGCGUGCAUUUAGAAGGGGUUACCUCAAAAUCGGAUUUUGAUGCCUAUAUUAUGGCAGCAAAGGUGAUCAACGUGAGCACCGAGUUACCGUGGGAGGCCCAGAUGAAGCUGGGAGCCAGCAGCGCUACUACAGAUGCUACGUCGAAGGUGGAAAAUGAUUUGCCACCUCAAAUUCUGCUGCUCAGCCUGGCCUCGAAGGAACUGGUCUUUCUUUACUAUUCAAAUGCCCAUGGGCAAUUCAUUCACCACCACCGACCAUUACCAAACGACGUCAGUACAUUUGAACGAUUUGGGCGAAACAUUGCGGUGGAGCCGAGAUCCCGCGCUGUAGCUGUCAGCGCAUCCUGCGAUUAUUUUGGCGUUUUCAUGUUGAAGAAGCCUCCUAUCCUUCAGUCACAAAUGCUACAGAACCAGUUGGAGCCCAUCGCGGAGGAACGCUUCUUCCGUGUUGACGGGGACAUCAUUUUUAUGGAGUUUCUGUACCCGAAAUCCGACGAUGGCGGGAAGGUCAUUCUCCUUCUCCUUGUUGCCCAGGAGCAUACAACCCAUGCUAUAUGCUACGAGUGGGAUGCCAAUGAACCCCUGAGACAGGCUUCCCCUCGAGUGACCAAGAAGCUUCUACCCGUUGAGGACAGGCUGCCCACCAUGCUCAUUCCGCUUACCAAGACGUCGUCUUUUAUGCUUAUCACAACAACUUCCAUGGCUGUAUACAGGAGCCGAUUGGACCCGCGAAGGCCCCCCAGCCGUUAUCCACUUCCUGUUCCCGACCGUGAAUCCCAAAGAUCUCCAUUAUGGACCCGGUGGGCGAGGCCACUGCGGAAUUGGAUCUACAAUCAGAAACAUGACGACAUAUAUCUUUGCCGUGAGGAUGGCCGCAUAUUUUACCUGGGAAUCGGAAAUGACGGCGAAGUUGAGACCCAAACUCAUUUAGGCCAGCUCUGCUGUGACGUCGAUGCUGCCUUUGAUAUCUUGGACAUUGGCCACGAAGGCGGUGAUCUACUCCUAGCCGCUGGAAAUACAGGUGAUGGCGGUUUAUUUGUUCAAAAAGCGCGAGAUCACCCGAGGUGUGUCCAGAAAUUUAUGAAUUGGACCCCGGUUACAGACUCCGUUCUCGUGAAAUCCUCCAAUCGGAAACCUUCCGAGGUAGAUGUUGCUGGUGAUCGAUUGUUUGUCUGCUCUGCAUCUUCCUUUGCCCGAGGGGCAAUCGUCGAGCUACGACACGGAAUUGAAGCGCAGAUUGGACUGGCAGUCUCUCUAGAAGAGCUUUCCGGCACCCGAGACAUAUGGACCAUGUUGGACGGCGCAAACGGAGGCGUUCACGUGCUGAUUUCGGACCCUGUCUCCUCUGUACUAUUAUACCUGUCCGCUAAUUUUGGAGAAGAGAUUUGCGCCGUCGACGAAGUGGAUUGCGGCUUGGACUUCGGAGCUCAGACUUUGGCCGCGGGAUGCACUGCCUCGGGUGUCGUCAUACAGGUGACGAACCAGGCUAUUCACCUUGGGGCAACGGCAGAAUCUGUGUCGAGCUUUCGGUUUCAUUACGAUGCCGGUCAAAGCAUCGCGAUUGCUGCAGUAGACGAAGAAUCCUCUCUCAUCGCAGUUGCCGUUCGAGUUCAACAUGAAACGCACCUUCACCUCAAGAGGUUGACCACGGCGGCUAAUCAGCUCCAGCUUUCUGACGUUGGUCACUCUCUUAAAAUACCUUACGAGCCAGUCUGCAUCUUCAUCGAAAGCUUCGACACUGCAUGUUUUGUUUUCAUUGGGACGGGCAACGGGAAAAUUCUAGUAUAUCGCGUGGAGGAGAGUGCCGUCCAGUUUUUGAUCGAGAAGUCAGUAGAUGUGGGAAAUGUUGACGACAUAUCAAAAGCAAUCGAUAGUAUUACGACAGUCAGUGCGGCCCCGGAAGGGCUUCGAAAGGAAAACCUUCUCCUUUGUGGCCUGCGGAGUGGCAUCUUAGUGUCUUUUGAGCUGGUUUUCGACAGUCACAGCGCAAACUCUUCCAUUGCGAUACAGCAAACCUCUUCACAGCGUCUAGGACACACGCCCGUUCGAGUGCAAAGCAGGGCAAAGCUCACCUUGUUAACCUGCGGGCAAGGGUUCUGGCAGGCUUCGUGUAUUCAGAAUGGCGGAAAGCCCGACUGCACACUCCAAAAGAUCUGGAUCACUGACCAGAAUAACCCGGCCUAUCAUCCCAAAAAUGUCUUCGGGUUCUCAAUCGCCAACAUCGUAAACUCGGACGUGGAUGCUCUUUCUGAUACUUUGUUCUGCAUUGCGGAUGGACAACUUCUCAUCUGUACCUUGGAUCGGGAUGCCAAAACCGUCCCAAGAAGGAUUGAUUUACCAGGAAGCGCCACCAAACUUGCCUAUUCCCAAUAUCUGAAAAGCCUUAUUGUCGCUUAUACCCAAACUGAAUACGACACGGAAUCUGACCCUAUCAGACGUUUUACUCGACCACGGAUUGAAUUUGUCGACCCUGAUUCCCAACAUGCCGUCCUGGACCCUCUCGAGCCCCAUACCGAGGACGAACCCGUUCCGUGGAGACCGCAGGGCGCAGCCGGGGAGAAGAUCAGCUGCAUUCUGGAGUGGACCCCCAGGAAAGGAGAUGAGGAGUACCACUUCAUCGUCAUCGGGACUAGCCGGAAGAACCAGGCAGAGCAAGGUCGGGUUAUCUUCCUGCAAACGAUGCGGGAUUUUUCAACGCCAUCGCGAGUCGAAUGCCAUGUUAAACACAUACACAAAUUCGAGCAACCCGUGUAUUCCAUCGCCCCUUAUGGGGGAUUCACUCUGAUGGUCUCUACUGGCCGUGAAAUUGUUCCGUUGGAGCCUAAGAUUUCAGAUUCGCGGGGAAUCCGGGCAGCUAGAUUUCCCGUUCUAUCUCCCGCGCUGUCGAUGACCAUCCAGGAGCCAUAUAUCUACAUGUCAACAGCUCGCGAAUCGCUGAUGAUCCUUCGAGUCUCCGAUGACAAGCUGACGCUUCAUGCUCACGAUCGACAGAAACUGGAUGGGCUCUCGCAUGUACAUAUCGGCGGAGAGCAGAAUCUCGUUCUGGCAUCCAGUCGCGGGGGGCGAGUGAGCAUCUUGAGUGAGAGCGGGGUGACCGAGAGCUACAAGAUGAUGCCGGCCGCUCUGUGCGAGGCCCAUUUACCCUCGUCCGUGUCGAAACUCAGCUUGGGCACGAAGCCGUCCCCCGUGUCCUCGCAUUCCCAGGUUUUCUACGGCACGACCAUGAACGGCACGGUUCACCGGUUCAUGACACUGGCGGAGAACGAAUGGCGCCUGCUGCGCCUCUUGCAGAAUCUCUGUGUGCGGGACCCAGUCAUCUGUCCCUUUACUCCGCGACGGACCAGGCUACGGAGUCCCGUCGGGAACGAUCCGCUUGAGUUCCAGCCCUCUCAGAUGCACAUAGACGGAGAUAUCCUGAGUCGUCUGGUGAUGCGCGGGCCAGAAUGUUUGGCGCGCAUGCUAGCUACGGGAGAAUUCCAUACGCUUUCGACUCCGGAGACAGGGUGUCCGCAGGCGAUUCGGGAUCGAUUCUCCGAGUUAUCUCGAGAACUGCUGGGAGAUGACGAAGGGUCGAGUGCGGUAGAAAUGGUGAUGGGCUGGUUGAAACGAUGCCUCCAUGUGGAGCUGUAG